AUGUCGACAGACACUGAGAGCUACGACGAAGCUCGUCCCGUCUUUUAUAUCGGCCAGCAUGAUUCUGCCCGUGCCGAGCCGCUGACAGACCUGCAAUACGGCCAGGUCCUCAACUCGGGUUUCAGCUAUGUGACCUCGCCAAUCACCAACAGGCACUUCCACGAGCGCAUCAAGGCCCUCGUGGCAUCCAGCAUCAAGGAUCUGGAAGCCAGCACCAGCUCAGGCUCUCGGCCUGAUCCCAUCGUGCCGCCCUUGACGGGCGAUGACACUGCUCUCUACCCCAGCACCUACACCAGCGGCUACGUCGCAUACUCAAGCCCGUGGCUGGACCUCUGCUCCACGAACCAUGUCGUGUCUAGCAUUUCCCGUCAGGUUCUCAAUCUCGAGAUUGCAUAUGCCAACUUUUGCGGCGUGAGGAGCAUCAUCAUCCCUGGUCCACGUACAGAUGCCGUCAAGGCUGGCAAUGGCCAAGGAAUCGCCCAGUACGCCAGAGCUAUUCAGGAGGCGCUUCUGGUCGGCACCAGGAUCAACAUCAUCAUCCAUCUGCCCAUGUACCGUGAGCCCGGGCUCGAGGAAAAGGUCGACCUCUUAUCUGAUGGCAAAUCCGACAGUCAGAAUAGCUCGGCCAAGGACAGCAUUGACAUCUUCAGCACAUGGGAUUCUUGGCAUGUUAUCCGUACGACCUGCGAGUAUGACAGCAGACUGGUUGUUGCACUGCGACUACCCAAGAUGCUACCCGAAAAGGAGCUGCAGUCAAGGUGGUACUCAGAGCCCGUACAGUACCUGACCCUUUCGCCGCAGGUCUUCCAGGCCAACAAGGCUGGCCAUCCUUCCUUGAGCCGCAACCACCAGGAGAUGAUCGACUGGUACAUGCGCCUGAAGCAUGCGCCGUACUUUCUCCUGUGUGAUGUCGGGCCGGAAGUCAAGCCUGAUCCGCAAGAGGGGGAGAGUGUGGAUGUGUCUUCGUCCUCAGACUUUCCUAGCCUGUCCGAGGCGGCUGCUCAUUCAGCAAAGGGCGAGAACAAGCAGUCUGGUCAAAACGCUCACUCUGCCUACUUGCAGCAUUUGCAGAGACAGCAAGAGCCGUUCGGAUAUCUCGAGCAACCCAACCUCACCAACUUCCAAGACUGGCUUCAAUCGCCGCUUCAACCGCUGUCCGACAACCUCGAGUCUGUCACUUACGAAGUCUUUGAGGGUGACCCUGUCAAGUAUCACCAGUACGAGAUGGCAUGUGUUGAAGCCCUUCGAGAGUGGUCAGAGCAAAAGAAGCCGACAUCGUCCCCUAACGGCGUUGUGAUUGCGGUUGCAGGCUCCGGGCGUGGACCGCUGGUCACCCGUGCUCUCCAAGCCAGCAAGACAACCGGUGUCCCUGUCCAGGUCUAUGCGGUGGAAAAGAACCCUAAUGCUUAUGUAUACCUACUCCGCCAGAACCAGAAGGUUUGGGACGGCAAAGUCACCGUCGUGAAGACUGAUAUGCGCGCAUGGAAAGGUCCUCUCCUUUCCGGUUCACCAGACGACAACACCGCCGUGUAUGGAAAGGUCGAUAUUCUUGUCUCUGAGCUCCUGGGCUCCUUCGGUGACAACGAGCUCUCCCCAGAGUGCCUCGAUGGCAUCCAACACGUCCUGGCUCCCGAGCACGGCAUCUCUAUUCCCAAGACCUAUACCGCCCACCUGAGCCCGAUCUCGACGCCACGCCUCUUCGCCGACAUCAGUCAGCGUCUAGCCGGGGGCGAUGCCAAUGCUUUCGACACCCCCUGGGUUGUGCGGCUCUUCCAGCUGGAUUUUGUUGCCCAGCGUGGCGUGCCCGACCGGCCGCGCUUCCAGCAGUGCUGGGAAUUUGCGCACCCUUUGCCUCAGGUGACCAUGGACAUGGUCGAGGCACGGCGGUCCGGCGGCGUCGUAGGCGGCGGUGGCGGCAGCAUGGCUGGUGGCGUGGGCGCCAACGACCACAACUCGCGGUACUGCCACCAGACGUUUGUCUGCAGGAACCGUGGCGUGAUCCACGGCCUGGCGGGCUACUUCGAAUCUGUCCUGUACGCGCCCACCACGACUGCCUCCUCGGCGGCCGGCGGCACCAGCAGUGCAGAGCAGGGCACACCGACCCCCGUUGAGCUGAGCAUCUUGCCUGAACAAAUCGAUCGCAAGAGCAAAGACAUGAUCUCCUGGUUUCCCAUCUUCUUCCCUCUCAAAACGCCCUUAUACUUCCCCCCAGACUCGGAACUCGAGGUUAGCAUGUGGCGCCAGACGGACGAUACCAAGGUCUGGUACGAGUGGAUGGUCGAGGCGUACAUGUGGGUGGGCGAGAGCCAGCGGGUCAAGGUCGGCGGAUCGGACAUGUGCAGCAGUCGCAAGGUCGCUUGCUUGAUGUAA